AUGAUUGACACUGCGCCGAAGCAUGAAAUUUCAUCGAACGAGGCCACCAGUACCUCUGUAAUAAAAGGUCUCAUGAGAAGGCCUCCAAGAAGUCUGGAAGAAUGGCUUUAUUACAAACUGCUGGACAGUGAGGGUUUCCACCGAUUUGUGGGUAAAAUUUACCGAAAGCUGAACAAUAUCAAAGAACCACCUUUGAGGGAAGAUCCAUCCUCGGAUUUGCACUGGACAUUCAAACCAACAUCUAUGCAGAAGUUUAAAGCUUAUAGAAUACUGUUUUGGGAUGAGAUGAGAAGUACCUUGGGGCUGCCGAAGAAGAGCAGCAGGUACUUUAAGGACUAA